GUCUCCUUAAACUCUUCGUCCGGCAUCGACUCUAUAGCUAUGGACAUGAAGGAGAAGAAACUGACAGUGGUGGGUGACAUAGACCCGGUCGACGUGGUAAGCAAAUUGAGAAAAGGUUGGCACACAGAAAUUCUGUCGGUUGGGCCGGCAAAAGAGCCAGAGAAGAAGCAAGAUGAUGGCAAGAAAGGCGAGGGCAAAAAAGAUGAUGAUCAGAAGAAAGAUCCAAAUGAACAAAUUGCAGAGCUUGUCAAGCUCUACAAAGCAUACAAUCCUCACAUGACUACGCACUAUUAUGUUCAUAGUGUAGAGGAGAAUCCAAAUGCUUGUGUUGUUUGUUAAAUUAAUUUCUAUGUUUGACAAGACAGUCUGUGUUUGAUGGCGAUGGUGAGACCGAGCCUUAAAAUUAUGGUCCAGAGAAUUAGUG